CUCAGCAAGAAGGUGAAGAGAGUGCGAGUUCAGCAAGGCGGGCGCUGGUGAGCCGUCCAGGAGGAAAUAAACACAGUUAGAAAAUGGCCUUUAACACACUGACCUCAAGUGCUGCCUUGCUUUACGAUGAGUGGAUGAAUAAAGCAGACCCACGAGUUGAGGACUGGCCCCUAAUGUCCUCCCCGUUUCCUCAAACGGUGAUCAUCCUGUCCUACAUCUACUUCGUCUCAACGCUGGGGCCCCGUCUAAUGGAAAACCGCAAACCCUUUGACCUGAAGCGGCCCAUGAUCAUCUACAACUUCAGCAUAGUUGCGUUCUCUCUCUACAUGAUUUACGAGUUUCUCAUGUCUGGCUGGGCCAAUGGAUACUCAUACAGGUGUGAUAUUGUGGACUACUCCAGCUCUCCUCAGGCUAUGAGGAUGGCAUGGACCUGCUGGCUGUACUACUUCUCCAAGUUCAUUGAGAUGUUGGAUACUAUUUUCUUUGUCUUGAGGAAAAAGAACAGCCAAGUGACUUUUCUCCAUGUGUACCAUCACUCCAUUAUGCCCUUCACCUGGUGGUUUGGGGUCAAGUUUGCUGCAGGUGGUCUAGGAACCUUCCAUGCUCUGCUGAACUGCUGUGUCCAUGUCGUCAUGUACUCCUACUAUGCCCUCUCUGCUAUGGGACCAGCCUAUCAGAAGUACCUCUGGUGGAAGAAGUACAUGACCACCAUUCAGCUGAUUCAGUUCGUGAUGGUAACCGUCCACAUUGGUCAGUUCUUCUUCAUGAAGGACUGUCCUUACCAGUUCCCUGUGUUCUUGUACAUCAUUGGCCUCUACGGACUGAUCUUCCUGGUUCUCUUCCUUAACUUCUACUACCAGGCGUACACCAAGGGAAAGAGGCUGCCCAAAAUCUUUCAGAAUGGAAUGUGCCAUCAGAAUGGCGUGCACAAGAAGACUGAGUAAGAACUCCGUGGUCACCUAAAAGUGAAGAUCCUGCAGCUUUUAAGUUGGGCUAUUUCUUUAAUCAUUUCAGAGAAUUUCACCCACCAUGUUUUAUGUUAAAACUUUGUGGAAUGCCACCUUAUCACUGGAUGUAUAUUGCCAAACUAGCACAUUUGUGGUUUUUUCACUGACAAUGGUCUGGUUUGUACGGUCUUCACUUGGGUUCUGAAAUGUUUAUGGGGUGUACAAUAUUUGUUCUAAUAUCCCCUGUCUUGUACAUAGUUAUUUAAA